ACUUUUCACAAAACAUCAUUGGAGGUUUCAAGUCAAGAAAUACCAAGGCAUUUUCUCCUGCCCUUGUGAUGCACUAAUUAUAGCAAAUAUAAUUUUCAAAAUGGAAGACGCCAAAAGCCAAAAUCUGGAGGAAGACUUUGAAAGACAGUCUAUACAUACUGGACCCAAAGGAGUAAUACAUGAUUGGAGAAAGUUUAAAUUAGAGAGUGAAGACAGUGAUUCAACUCUACCUAGCAAGAAGGAAAUUCUGAGACAAAUGUCUUCCCAGGGAAGAAAUGAUAUAGAUUCAAAAGAAAGAUUCAGCAGAAAGAUGAGUACUCAAGAAUAUGAACUAAUCCACCAAGACAAAGAAGAUGAAAAUUGCCUUCGUAAAUACCGUAGACAGUGUAUGCAGGGCAUGCACCAGAAGCUGAGUUGGCCUAGGUAUGGGUUUUUGUAUGAGCUGGAAACUGGAGAGCAAUUCCUGAAAACCAUUGAGAAGGAGCAGAUCACCACCAUCAUGGUUCACAUUUAUGAAGAUGGUAUCAAGGGCUGUGAUGCUCUAAACAGUAGCUUAACAUGCCUUGCAGUAAAGUACCCUAUGGUCAAGUUUUGUAAAAUAAAAGCAUCUAACACAGGUGCUGGAGAACGCUUUUCCUCAGAUGUACUCCCCACACUGCUCAUUUACAAAGGUGGGGAACUCAUAUGCAAUUUUAUUAGUGUAGCUAAGCAGUUUGCUGAAGAAUUUUUUGCUGGGGAUGUGGAGUCUUUCCUAAAUGAAUAUGGAUUGCUCCCUGAAAGAGAGAUGCAUGUCCUAGAACAGACUGACAUGAGGGAAGAUAUUGAAUAAAG